GGGAACACAUCCUACAAGUUAUUGAAAACUGAAUUAAAAAUGGAGACCUGUGUGCAAACUGGAUCUGGAAAAAUUGCUACAGAGCUCCAAAUGACUGUUCUACAAAAUGAGACAUCGGGGGACAGUGACGUUCAAGUGAACGACGAACUUGAAGAGCUUAGCAACAGUUUAAGGGAAGUGAUCCAAGACCAGACUGUACAGCCUAAACUUCAGUGUUUGAUGAUGGACCCCACCUUCUCCAUGGUAACUGUUCAAAGAGAGGACAGUGGCAUCAUGUGGGAAACAGCUUUCAGUCACUGCUCCAACCCGUGGACAUCAAGGGCCAGCAGCAGAGGUUGCAAAGUUUUCUCUAACAAAACAGAGUGUUGUAAAAUACCAAAAUCUACAAAUGCAGGGAAAAUAACAUUUAUCAUGGAUGAGGUUCACACUCUUAGGAAGAAAAAGGACAAAGAACAGAUGAGCGAAAGUGAGCAUGUAGUAGCUUCUCGGAACUUGCAUGAGCUGACUGAUAGACCAGCAAUGGUGGAGGUUUCCAUGCCCAAUAUGAAAGAUGUGCAGAACAAACAGGUAACAAUAAGAGAUCCAAGAAAGGAAAAAGAGCAACGCUUAUUUCGCCUUGUCUCUGAGGGAUCUGAAAUACUCAACAUCGUGGUGCCAGCCAAAGUGGCCACUGUUGAUGAAGAGGAGAGCAAAAAGCUGAAGGACAACCUAACCUACAUUGAAGAGUCACAUGUACAACCAGUAGAUAUAGAGGGACGUGCAAAUUGUCCUGACAUGGUCAUUCCUGAGCCAGAACCACAACAAACUGAUACACAAACCCAAGAAAAGGAAUUACAAGAUAUUGUACCCGUUUUGCCUUUCAAAUUACCAAAUAAAAGGCCAGUUAUUGAUAGUGAUUAUUUUGACAUGUUCACACUGUUGGAUGGGAAUUCUUCAGGGGUAUCUGACAAGAAAGAAGACAAGCACCAUCAACCACACAAUAUGGCUAUUAAAUGUUUCAAAUCUAUUCCAGUCAAGCCAGUCAUGAAAACCGAAGUCACUCCCCAUCUCAAAGAGGAUAUUAUAUCCUCUGGUGAAAUUGUCAGUGAGCUUCUGGACGAAGUGUUUUAUGGAGGCACAGAGAAACGUAACCAUUCCCAGUCAGGGGAGGGGUGCCAAUGGAACAAAGAUGAACUCUCCAAGUUUAUAGAAAAGGAAAGUGGCUGUGUCUUAUUUAGUAAUGAAGACACAGUUCUCACUCCUAUCUUUCUCUCCCAAGGGCCACCAAAAAUUAAUGACCCUUCCCUACUAGAGGAGCCUAAAGCAAUGGCAUUCUUAUACACAGAUCUGUAUGAGGAUGCUCUUGGAACUAAGAAGAAAGAAGAGGAUACAGUCAGUGUGACCUCUGAGAAAUCCUUCCAUAGCAAAGACUCAGAAUCAGAUUCCAACUGUUACCUUGAAAAGUUUGUUCUGAAAGAUGAGACUCCGUUAGUUGAAAUGAUUGAGGCAACAACAGGUGCUGCCAAAACAGAUGGGUUCAGGAUGUGGUCCGAAGAGAUGUUUGAGUUAGCUAGAUUAAACCAAAUUGGAAAUGAACCUGAGAAUGACCCUGAAGAGGAUGUUACAGAUUUCUUUCGGAACAGUGCCAGUUCCUCCCCUUGUGAAGAUGUUAAACAACCAAAUUUAUCAUUAGACGAAAAUAUAGAAAUUAAAUGUCGUCGAGUGAUAUUUGAGGAUGAAAUUCCACAGAAACAUCAAAAGGAGAAUAAAUCUGAACAAGCACCAGGAUCAACACAAGUAAACCUGAACAAGCAGAAGAGUCAAGAAAAAAAUAAUUCCAUUGAAACAGCUCUUGAAGGGACUGACAUGACAGAAAAACUCAUCACUGACAAAUUAUCUCUUGAAGAUGACGCACAUGAAAUAACCUAUAAACAAGAAAUCACUGGUAUAGAUGCCUUCGAAAGUCACAAAACUAGCAUGGCACUUGAAAUGCCACUGACACUGGCUGAACAGCAAGCCACAGGCUUGUCUCCAAGGUGCAUUCUAGGACUAAGCUCGCUGGAACCUGCUGACCCAGAGGAGGAUAUGGCAGAGGAGGAAUUCAUGGAGGAGUGCAUAGAGGGUGACAGGACAGAGGUGGAAACAGCCCUCUACACAGAAGAAGAAAGACAUAUGAGGACUCCGCCUAUGACUGGAGAUGAUACAAAUGUGCCCCCAGACAAUGACUCUUCUGACCAUGAAGCCGCACGUUAAACUGAGGGAGAGGAAGGUUGAAAUGAGCCUAAUAUACGGACAGAAAUUUAGAUGGCCUCUUCUGUGAAAAUUAAAUAACACGGGUGGAAGAGACUGAAAAUCAGAAGGGAAUGUGUCAGAAUAUCAGCAACCCUGAUCCAUAUGAAGUACCAUGGACAUAAUCAGGGGUCCAGAUAGUGAAAUAAA